AUGACUAUAUCAUUUUCAUUAUUCUUAUUGUUAUCAUUUAUAACAUUGAAUGUUUAUUGUUCGACAACAAGUUUGAUACCUAAUAACUUUCAAGUGAUCGGACCGUUUCCGAUUGGAGAGAGAGAAGAAGGAGUUGAUACACUUGAAUACUAUGGAGGUAUAUUUGAUAUACCUAUUGGUGACAAUACCAUGUAUCCAUGUGAGUUGGGUGUAAAUGGGGUGGUUGGUUGGCAAUCGUAUAAUGCUAUCACGACGGCUAGCUCGACAUCUCUGACACUCAACUUUUCAUCAACAAUCAAUUGGGAUUCAUUCACUACUCCACUAAGCUGGAGUGUUUACAUGUGGUAUGCAUACGCUGUUGGAGAGUUUACUGUCCCCUCUUCAUCCUCCUCAUCAUCUUCAUCAUCAUCAAACUUGUAUUUAUUUGAUUGUACAGGUUUGAUAAGGUACUAUAUCAGAUCAACAACAAAUAAUACAUAUACCGAGUUGAUUGGUGAUUUCUUCAACUAUGGAGUUGGACAGCAGUUGAUUGAGCUAGAGCCAGACACUUACCAACUCAUCCUUCGCGUUCAAAGCUCGGUUAGACAGAACCUUUCACCACAACAAUCAUUCACAUGUACUAUUACACAACAACAACAAACUAGUAGUCAACUUAUUAUUGUUGAAAAGGAGAAUAUGGUGCCUUCAAUAUUGGAUGGAAAGUUGGGAGGAUACUAUGGUUCAAUCACAUUGAUGAAUGUUGGUGUAGAGACUAUAGACGAGAUUACAUUACAAACAGGUGAUAACUCUGUGGAAGGUGUAUCGGUCGAGUUGGUAACUCCAUCGUCGAUAGCGUACACGUCAAAGACUGGUGUAUACAUACUGCCAGGUCAAAAAUAUGGUAUUACAUUCACAAUCAAUCAAACGAGUGAUGUACAGUGUCCGGCAUCACUCAAUAUCACUGUCAAUGGAGAGGUGAGCACAUUGAUAUCAUUUAAUUGUACGACUUGGGGCAACCCUUGGUCAUUUACAUUUAUCGAUUUCGAUGAGACUGUUCAGUAUGCUGUUGCCUAUCCUCCAAGUGGUAGUGAGAGAGGUUGUUUUGGUGGACAAGAGUCGUGUGUUGCAAUGUUGGCUACUCACGGUGCAGGUGUGUCGGUGAUUGACACGCCGGGAUGGUAUACUGCCUAUCCUGCACUAGCCAACACAUGGAUUAUAUUCCCGUCGGGUAGACGUCCGUGGGGAUAUGAUUGGCAGACUGCCAGUCGAGUAGAUGCAUUUCAAUCACUCUACCAAUUUGCAAAGCAUAUGCCUGGAGUACCACCAUCACUUGUAGAGUCGCUCUCAAUUGACGUCUCACGCAUUCUAUUCACCGGACAUAGUAUGGGAGCGUACGGGUGCUGGACAAUGCUCGGUCACUAUGGAGACAUGGCGUUGGGCGGUGCAUGCGGAGCUGGGUUUGCCAAGCUGCAAGACUAUGUCUAUUACAACACACGUCCGUCCUUUUCACACCUUGACCCGUCGCUUAGAGGGUUGCUCAUGUCGUCUAUCGCCGAUGCCGACGCUGAUAUUCACGCGAGUAAUAUGGUUGGUAUUCCUAUUAUCGCGCGGUAUGGUGGUGCCGACACGAUCGUCUCCCCAUGGCACUCGAGACGUAUGGCGAGAAUGGUCAAUGAGCUGAGCGGCAACCUGUCGGCAGUGCAAAUCAGCGAGGUGCCAGGCAUGUCGCACUGGUUCACAGGCAUGUUUGACGCGCCUGUCAUGGACGACUUUUACAUCGCUUCAACCACCUCUCCAACAUUCCCCGACAUUCCACAAACCAUCACUAUCACAGUCAUGAACCCCGGUAUCUCUGGGUCACGUGCCAAUAUCCAAAUACUCCAAAAACACAAUACCGAGAGAGUUGCUAGAAUCAAGCUUGUCCAGUCUCGUUCAAAUACAAACGGCGGUUCAUUGACAUGGACAUUGACCACUCAAAAUGUGAAACGAUUUGGAUUGGUACAAACACCGGUCAGACCCACACAAAAAAUGCCAAGUCAGCUAAUGAUCGACGGUAACAUUAUACAAACACCAGAGUAUUUGCCAGAAGUGCACUAUCACAACACUGGAAAGAAUUCUGGACUCCAACAACAGUGGUCAAUUGAAUCAGGUAGUGAUUGGACACUGACAGAGCGAUCAGCAUCCACCUACGGCCCAAUCAAACAAAUUCUACAAGAGAAACCAUUUGUCAUUGUCUAUGGAACACUCAACGACCAACAAUCGAGUGACAUGCUAUCAGUAUCCAUUUGGAUGGCCAAUUACUACAAUAUCUACGGUAGAGGAUCACCAAUCAUUAUAUCAGACGCUGAAUAUCAACAUCAAAGUUGUAAUAUCAGCAACGCUAAUGAUUCAUCAUUCAACUAUAACUUGAUAUUGGUUGGAACACCGAGUCAAAAUGCAGUCACACAAAAAUUAGAGCCCCAGCUAACCGUCUCGUUUGGUAGUAGUACCAACACAUUCACAAUUGGUGAUGACACGUUUGACGGGUCACAACCAGGUACUGGAAUAACAUUCCUAUCACCAAACGAAUGUGGUAAUGGAUUAAUAUUAGUAGUUGCAGGCACAAUUGAUAGCCAAGGCCUGUACAACGCCAUCCACUCACUACCAAUGAGAUCGGGUGAGACUGUUCCAGACUACCUCGUCGUAAGCAACCAAUGGAACCAAAAUGGGUUAGGAUCAACCAUUACAACAGGGUUUUUCAAUAGUCAUUGGAAUGUUAGUAGUAGUUCUUCAUAUGUUGCUUUAUAA